AUGGACAUCUCCAGUGACCAUAACGCGGAAGUCAAAAUCAUCGGCUUGGGAUUACCUACCAAAGAGGCAAGUCAUUCUGAUUGCGCUGGAGUACUUCUAUGGCGGAACAGGCGAGAGUCUGACAGAGCAGAUCGAGGUUGCGAGGAGAAUGUGGCGCAAUUCAGCAUCCCAUUCGUGCAAGUGCCUUUGAUGUCGCCGAAGAAGUAUGGGACAUUGCAUUAUUGUGCCACGGCAUUGCUAGCCAGCGUAUUAACGCUCACGGUGAUCAGCGUGGGUCGGGUGGUAGCCGUCAUGUUCCCUCUGCAUGCCCGCACUUCGCCUGACCGCGCCCAUCGGGUCAUAGCAGCCGUGUGGAUAACGUCCGCCGUGCUUGCGUGCCCUUCCCUCUUCUACCGGGAACUCUACAGCAUCGAGUGGGCCAACUUCACUUCAUGGCAGUGCGACGAAUUCUGGCCGACAGAGAAGCACUUCGAUCCAAAACUGGAACAGUGUGUGAUCACUUACGAUGCACGUAAGGUCUUCUACGUGGCCCUUACCAUCGCUCUCUAUUUCCUACCUGUGGCAGUGAUGUUCAUCAACUAUAGCUUGGUUGUGUGGAGGCUGUGGAUGUCACGACUCCCAGGGGAGCACUCAGCUCCCGCCCGUCACACAGCCACCAGAGCGAAGAAGAAAGUGGUCAAAAUGGUGUCUGUGGUUUUGAUCAUCUUCGUGCUCUGCUGGACACCUCUCCAGACCAUCAUUCUAUACGAUUUCGUCCGUGCUAAUAACAAUUCGAUAUUAAGCCACAGAUAUCCUUUAAUAUCAAAUUCACUAUGCCUUGGGAAUAACUUACUCUCAAGAGGAAUUAUGGUUGUUAAGUGUUUCGUCACCCUUCCCGUUGGGAGUGGUUUUCGGUGUCGUUGGAGAUUCUCGGCAUAUUUCGUGGCCUAUUCCAACUCGGCUUUGAACCCAAUUAUAUAUUGCGGUUUCAACGCCAAUUUCAGGCAGGGUCUCGUUUCUCUCCUGACUUGCAGACGUUCAUCCACGGGCAGAAUAUACCAUCAACGUUGGACAACUAAAUGGACCGUUGGCCAUGACAGGAUGGAUCUCCCAGGGAGCAACUGCAAGGGCAUGACCAUAGGCACCAGGGAAACGACCGUAGGGCUCUCCGGCCCAGAACCUGCUGUCCUGCUAGAAUUCAACUCCCUUCGGAACAGCAGCAGAUAUCCUCAGAGAUGCUCAGUAACUGCUCAAAGUGGCCGCAUGUUGAUGUCAGCAUCCGCAACAGAUAUCAGGAACAUCGCUUUCACAGACCUGCAUCCUGAUUACCCAUCCAAGCGAUUUGGUCGCGGCGUUUGUCGCUCCGAGAGCCAGUACGCCUCACCAGCCAUCAUCACCUCGACCGUCUUCCCUGACGACCAGCCCCACCAUCCCAACCACGAGGCUAGCGAAGGUGGGAUAUUCGACUCUCGCAGCCUCCCGCGUCAGAAUGGCAACAGGCUGAGUAGGUUCGCCUCAACCUCCUCCUUUAGCAGCGAAGGAGGCACUCCGUGCAGCUGCUGUCCGAGGAAGAAGAGGAGCCACAGGAAUUUAGGUCGCCGAGAGGACACCUACGAUCCUACCGAAGCCAAAGAGACCCUCAGCAAUGGAACCAGCGAGGAGGUGCUGUGAGCGCAAAAGUUACCUAUUCGUAUCUUUUAGUUUGGUGCUCCGAGAUUUCUCAUUACUUUCAUCCUUUUUUGACGGUUCAUACUGGCUUAUGAUGAUCAUUAUUAUACAAAAUGUAUAAGAGAACGGUAAUCUAUGGCUUUUAAAAAGACCACACUGAGACAAACAUACGAAUUCUUGAGAAAAUGUAACAUUUCACCGCCUGCUAAUCAAUAUUUAAUGUUAAGAUGGAUGUGGGAAUAUGGUACAAAUUAAUAUAAAGUUCGUACUUAUAUGAUGUGUAUAUGUCUAAGGAGCUGUGAAGAGUGUACACGGUCUAUGUAUAGUGGCAAGCAUUAUAUAUAUAUAUAU